AACGACGUUAAAGCUCAUAAGCUGUUGAACUAAAGUCAAAUCAGUUGCAUUUUAGAGACUUGACUGGUUUGAAAACAUAAACAUUGGCAAAGCGAAGCGUCGUCCGGGAGAAGCUCCUGUUUGUUAGGGAGGGCCUUUUCCUUACAUUCAAAGGAGGAGAGCUCCUGGCUGCAGCUAGCUGUUGCUAGUAGGCAGAGGGACCCUUCCUGUGGACCGAACCCUGGUUGUCAGGUGAACAUUCCUCAGCUUCAUGGAAUGAAAGACUUUGAUGACCUGUGAGACCAGAUGAGCAGAAGAAUCCGCCAUGAAACCUGUGACCUAUCAAAGCUUACCGUCCUCUGUGAACGGCGUCCAUCUGAAUGCGCCGCUCGAGCGUCUCUUGGUCACCUCUAAGGUGAUGAACUGUGAGAAAUGUGGAUUUGCAUCUACAGACCCUGUGGCUCUCCAGAAGCACAUGAUCGAACACGGCACUAGGUUUUACUGUUUUUAUUGCAACGCUGUGUCCUUCAGCGAGGCGGAGCUGAACGAGCACUUGAAACAGCACACGGCUAAGUACCCGUUCAAAUGCCCCCACUGUGGACAGGGCUACAUGAGGAGGUUGUGUCUGGUGAAGCACAUUGACCGUUUGCAUAGUAACGGUACAAAUCAUGGACCUGUGAAGCUCGGCGCCACAAAAGCUCCUCCGGUCACGGUCUCCAGUGCCUUAACAAGUGCGCCUACUGCUGAUCCACUGCUGUCACCGCCUCCUCGGCCUGUUAUACGUGUUGCUGUGCCCAGCCAAACUGCACCCCCUGCCAGACUGGGGAAAACACUUGAUGUAAACGUAGCCAACACCACUAAUGGGAACACUGAACGCGUCUCUCACUUGAACGGACUCUUUCAGCCCAAUAGGGCCCUCACAGUGUCUCUACCGGAGGAGGUGAACAUUCCUGCCGGCUGCUUGGUGGAGCUUGUCGAGGUCAAAACUGUUAACGGGACGAAGGAGCUAAAACUGCGGUUUGUCUCGCAACAAGAAAACGAAUCGGUGAUCAAGAACACAAAACCAACGGCAAAUCCGAACUCCGGCCCGGAGAAGUCCCUGUCGUCUACGCUACUUCAUCCGAAUACAGCAAGGUCUGUGAGCGCUGGCAUGUGCCCAGGCAGCAGGAAACCGAAUGAGGCAAAGGCAAAGAUGAACGUCGCUGUAAGGAUUCCCAACAGCUCAACCAACGUGUCAAAUAAAGAGAAGGUCACGGUAAAGAGGCCUUCCACAGAAAUAAUCAACCUGGAUUGUGACGCAGUUGUCCCAAACAAAGUUCCCAAAACUAUCGUCACUCCUGUGCGGGAAGCAAAUAGCGGGAUUCGAGUUACGCAAGCGGCACCUGCGAACAUUGUCUCUUCGUCUUCAAGCGUCAUAUCGGGCAGAGUCCCUAUCAGGUUGAGUGUCCCUCUGCAUCCAGGCAGCGUGGGUGCAAAGAUUCCCCAGAGGGCUGUAGAUGAGAGGAACAAUAUGACCAUGGACCUCUCUAAGUGUGUUCCACCCAGGAGACUGUCUGACACCAACAAUGUCCAGAAAGGGUCAAAUGUCCAGAAAGGGACAGCGUCUGCCAAACUAGGAGCCAAAGAAGUUUGCAUCAGGAGCAACGCUGCUUCUAAAGAAGACAAAGAUGUGGUGUGUUUGGAUCAGCAAAGCACACCAGCUUCUAAGUCCUUAAGGUCUAUCGUUCUUCAAGCCGUCCAAGUCAGACCUCCUGCCGUCUCAGUCAGUAACGACAACCUUGCAAAUCAGAAGUUUCCAAUAUCGAAAAGUCUAAUGAAACCGUUAUCAGUAAAACCCUCCGUCCUAUCCAGUCACACAAACACUAAAAUAUCCCCCUGUAUCCAGGAAGUCAGAUGUAAAAGUGUAGCAAAAAAUGGAGGGGUCUCAGAGCCUCGGAGCUUUCCAGUCAUCUCCUCUGUCUUUUCAUUAAGCGAGCAGCCAGAAGGGGGCAAAGGUCCGAUUCAGCCGCUGGUGAUGGCUCUUAGAGGGAUAGUGAUGGAUAAAAAACACAGCACCAGUCAAGAUCAGAGUAGAAAUGGCAAAGAGGAGACGCGUAAGGAACCAGCAUCAGGCCAGAGCGUUCAGCCGGUCGCUAAAAAUGAGGCCUUCACCUGUGAAGCGUCGCUUACACAGAAGGCCUCCCAGUGCUUAAAAGUGGAAGAGCAAGAUUACCAGCAGGUACCACCCGUCGCACAAAUCGACAUUCACAUCAAGAAGGAAGAAGGUGGAACCAAAACAGACGUUAAGAAAUGCAGCUUUAGUCCUGCUUUAAAGUCUUCCACAUGUGAACGCUCUGCAGCUGCUUCACCUGCAGAGACGCCCAACGCUGUAGACCCCCUACGGCAGACGGACAAAAGCAAGGAGGACCAUUCCUCCAGGUUCUUGACCAUCUCUCUGAAAAGGGUUCAGGUCGGCGUGUGGAAAAAAAGCAAGAAAGGACUCAAGCUUGGAACAUCCAGGUGCAAGCCCCAGCAUCCCCCGGGCGGCCUUGACGACUGCACGGUCAUUUACCCCAUGCCGCUGAAGGAGGACCAGCCGGUAAAGCGGCCUGGUCCAAACCAGCCUGUGGUGGUUCUUAAUCACCCCAAGCCCCGGACUUGUGUUCAGAGAACAAGGGCAGACUCUAUUUCAGACACGGGAGCCUCAGAGGCGACUCCAAAGUGCCAAAUUUUAAAAAUGCGGCUAAGCAAAGGGAUCGGACAGAGCUACGAAGUGAUGGGAUGCACUGUCAGAGACUUCCCCUGAAUGUAGAGCUCCAUCUGUGGACCGGACAUUUAUCAUACAAGUAGUGUUAUCUUUAAAGUUAUAAGGCAGUUAUUUUCAUAAUGCAAAAACAAAAUCAAUGUUGUAUAUGUAUUACUCUGAAUAUUUAAGUGCAAUGCUGGUUGAUGCUUUCAUGCCCAGGAGUUGGACUGUGUGCCACUGCAGAACCCAUGAAAUUCCACAAAGUUUAAGUGCUGUUUAAGAAACCAGAAGGUCAGUUUAAAGUGUUAUUGCUUGUAUUUUAUUUUAAACUGUCGUUUCCGUCAAACGGUCAUGCAGCUGCAUGAAAACUGUUACAUUACAGGUGUUCAUGUUGCCUUUUACACAUAAACCUUUUAGGCUACAAGUAUGAAAUCCAGCGGCAAUUAAACACUUUAAAUGUUGAUUGCAAAUAUUCCGAUUCAGAGUCAAGUUAUUUGUCUUAAACAUAUUUUUCAUUCACAAUGUGCGAAGAUGACGUGUUCAGGCAUUCCUUGAAAACCUUUUGUUUUUCAGAAGCUCUUCAGUCACUGCUGAGUUUGUCAAAUGAAAAGCAUCAACGUCUGUACGGUGUGAGAUGGGAAAUUUAAACUUCGGCUCUCCUGUGUGUUUGCUUUAAUGCGUGUUUGGUUUCUUUCAUCAUCGCUGUGUACUUGAACUUGUCUGAAGAGUGAUCAGAAAUGGUAAUAGUUGGGUUUUAUGAGUCAAGAGUUUACCUCUGGGUCUGAACGUAGCCAGAAAGUGGAUGAAAGCUUCGUGACUGGAGGGAGAAAAGUUAAACUGAACAGUAAGGUCAGAGAAAGGUGUCAACGGAAAUAAACCGAACAGCUGAUUUAUUUAAGUCUAGUUUCAUGCUCUAAAACAGCAGCUCAAAAGUCUCAGUCACAGUGCAUUAUUUAUCUGACAAUGUGUGAAGUACUGUACAGUAAAAGCGCUUUAUUUUGGAAAGAAACUUAACAUGUACUCAACACUUUUAAAAAAAAAGUUUUUUCAAUUUCCCUCCUAAGUUGAACCUCUGCUUUUAGAUUUCACAUUUAACCUAAUUGAAAAAGCAGAUUAACUGUAUGAAAACAAAAAUAAACCCACAGAUUCAUUUUUAAACAUUUUUUCCUGUGUUGAUGAUGCUAAAUGUUAUUCUUGAACACCUCUAAACUGUUGUAUAUAUUUUAGGUUUGUGCUUGCAUAAUAUUUUGACCCGAUUUCUUCUUCUGUUUCUCUUCUUAUGGCAGCAUCAUCACAUCUGUGUAUAUCUGUUUAUUAUUGUAUAAUCCUUUCUAAUAAGGUGCUAGACCUAUGAUUACAUUCAUAGCUUUUAGUUGCCUACAUACAUUACAAUUAAUGAACAUUUUCUAUUCCAUUUGUUUUGAAUGACAUUUUGUAAAUAUAUCUAAAUAUACAAGUCAUAUAAAUAUAUAUAUACAUAUAUAAAUACAUAUAUAUGUAUAAAAGAAAACAUGGUGUUCAUACUUGACAGAGAAUGACUGCCAACUCCUAUUGUUUUUUUUACGCUGCAGUAUCUGAAGCUGCUGUGCAGUCACGGUCAUAAAUUAUUUCAAAGGGUCGGAUAAUUUUACCCUGCCUUUUACGUCGGUCCUCAUUUGUGCUAGAAUUGGUCGUCAUGUAGUCCAAACGUGUUUUUUGUUUUUAACACAUGCUCAUCGUUCAUUGUCAUGGUGAUUCCAUGCUUUUAUAAAAAUUGUGUAAUUCCACUUUUUUUCUAAUAAAACCUGGGGAAAUAUGA